AUGGCGUCUGCGCCCGGUUCAUCAACUGCAACCUCGCCGGCGCAUCACACUCCCUCGAACAGUGACAUUAUGAGCGUUCUUAAAUGUCUGGAAGUAAAAUUAGACAAGGUUGAAUCUCGUCUACAAAAGCUUGAUUUAGUAGAGAAGAAAGUUCUUUCUUUCGAAAAAGAUCUUAAACUUUUGACUGUGCAAGUUCACGAUAGCAACAAGGGAUUUGACCAAAGAAUGACUGAUAUUGACGAAAGAGUAAACAGGUUUGAGUUCAUAUCAGCUGAAUACCAAUCACGUAUUGACGAGCUUGAAAGAGAAAAUUUAAAUUUGAAAGACAAAGUUACAUACUUAGAGUCGCAAAGCAUGCGAAACAAUCUUGUAUUUGGAGGUUUCCCUGAAGAAUCUGGUGAAAAUUUGGAAGAUAAGUUUCGCAAGUUUUUAGUUAAAGAUCUUAAACUAGCACAAAACAUUGUAGACUCGAUGAAGCUAGAGCGAAUUCAUCGGAUGGGGGUUCCGAGUUCCGACGGAUCCCAGCGGAAACGUAACUUCGUUGUGAAAUUUACAUUUUUCUCAGACAGAGAGCUUGUUCGCCGGCAAAAACAUCUCUUAAAAGAAACGGGGUUUCUCCUUCAUGAGCAAUUCCCGCCGGAAAUUGCUGCUCGACGCCGGAAAUUGAUGCCACAGCUAAAGGAAGCUAUCAAGGACAACAAGAGAGCCUGGCUGGUAUAUGACACCCUGUACAUCGAAGGUAAACCGGUAAAGUGUAACUAG